CACAGGUGUGCCGACUCCUCCCCUCCAGUCUUGUACAGGUGUACCGACUCCUCCCCUUUCAUCUUGCACAGGUGUACCGGCUCCUCCCCUCUAGUCUUGCACAGGUGUACUGGCUCCUCCCCUCUAGUCUUGCACAGGUGUACUGGCUCCUCCCCUCCAGUCUUGCAGAGGUGUACCGGCUCCUCCCCUCUAGUCUUGCACAUGUGUACCGGCUCCUCCCCUUCAUUCUGGCAUAGGUGUACUGGCUCCUCCCCUCUAGUCUUGCACAGGUGUACCGGAUCCUCCCCUUCAUUCUUGCACAGGUGUACUGGCUCCUCCCCUCUAGUCUUGCACAGGAGUACCGGCUCCUCCCCUCCAGUCUUGCACAGGUGUACUGGCUCCUCCUUUCCAGUCUUGCACAGGUGUACUGGCUCCUCCCCUUCAGUCUUGUACAGGUGUACCGGCUCCUCCCCUCCAGUCUUGCACAGGUGUACCGGAUCCUCCCCUUCAUUCUUGCACAGGUGUACUGGCUCCUCCCCUUCAGUCUUGCACAGGAGUACCGGCUCCUCCCCUCCAGUCUUGCACAGGUGUACUGGCUCCUCCCCUCCAGUCUUGCACAGGUGUACUGGCUCCUCCCCUCCAGUC